AUGCCGGACCCCGCGGCGCACCUGCCUUUCUUCUAUGGCAGCAUUUCGCGGGCUGAAGCCGAGGAGCACCUGAAGCUGGCGGGCAUGGCCGACGGGCUCUUCCUGCUGCGCCAGUGCCUGCGCUCGCUGGGCGGCUAUGUGCUCUCGCUCGUGCACGACGUGCGCUUCCACCACUUCCCCAUCGAGCGCCAGCUCAACGGCACCUACGCCAUCGCGGGCGGCAAGGCGCACUGCGGCCCCGCCGAGCUCUGCGAGUUCUACUCCCGGGACCCCGACGGGCUUCCCUGCAACCUGCGCAAGCCGUGCAAUCGGCCUCCGGGCCUCGAACCUCAGCCCGGGGUCUUUGACUGUCUGCGGGACGCCAUGGUGCGGGACUACGUCCGCCAGACCUGGAAACUGGAGGGUGAGGCGCUGGAGCAGGCCAUCAUCAGCCAGGCGCCCCAGGUAGAGAAGCUUAUCGCCACCACGGCCCACGAGCGGAUGCCCUGGUACCACAACAGUCUGACGCGUGAAGAGGCUGAGCGCAAACUCUACUCGGGCGCUCAGACUGACGGCAAGUUUCUGCUGAGACCCCGGAAGGAGCAGGGCACAUAUGCACUGUCCCUGAUCUAUGGCAAGACUGUGUACCACUACCUCAUCAGUCAGGACAAGGCUGGCAAGUACUGCAUCCCUGAGGGAACCAAGUUUGACACUCUCUGGCAGCUUGUAGAAUACCUGAAGCUGAAGGCAGAUGGGCUCAUUUACUGUCUCAAGGAGAUCUGUCCCAACUCCAGUGCCACUGCUGCCUCUGCUGCCGCGCCCACACUCCCAACCCAUCCAUCCACAUUCGCCCACAGGCAGAUUGACACUCUCAACUCUGAUGGAUAUACCCCAGAGCCAGUGUCCCCGGCGAAAACGCGGCCGUUGCCCAUGGACACGAGCGUGUAUGAGAGCCCCUACAGCGACCCUGAGGAGCUGAAGGAUAAGAAGCUCUUCCUGAAACGUGAGAACCUCCUCAUGGCCGACAUUGAACUUGGCUGUGGGAAUUUCGGCUCGGUGCGCCAGGGCGUCUACAGCAUGCGCAAGAAGCAGAUAGACGUGGCCAUCAAGGUGCUGAAGCACAGUACAGAGAAGGCGGACAAGGACGAGAUGAUGCGGGAGGCGCAGAUCAUGCACCAGCUGGACAACCCCUACAUCGUGCGUCUCAUCGGUGUGUGCCAGGCAGAGGCUCUCAUGCUGGUCAUGGAGAUGGCAGGGGGUGGGCCGCUGCACAAGUUCCUGCUAGGAAAGAGGGAAGAGAUCCCUGUCAGCAAUGUGACAGAGCUGCUGCACCAAGUGUCCAUGGGCAUGAAAUACCUGGAGGAAAAGAACUUUGUGCAUCGCGACCUGGCAGCCCGCAAUGUCCUGCUGGUCAACAGGCACUAUGCCAAGAUUAGUGACUUUGGCCUCUCCAAGGCAUUGGGUGCCGAUGACAGCUACUACACUGCUCGCUCAGCAGGGAAGUGGCCACUCAAAUGGUAUGCACCCGAGUGCAUCAACUUCCGCAAGUUCUCCAGCCGCAGUGACGUCUGGAGCUACGGGGUCACCAUGUGGGAGGCCCUCUCCUAUGGCCAGAAGCCCUACAAGAAGAUGAAGGGCCCAGAGGUCAUGGCCUUCAUUGAGCAGGGCAUGCGGAUGGAGUGUCCACCAGAGUGUCCGCCUGAGCUGUACAAACUCAUGAAGGACUGCUGGACCUACAAGUGGGAGGACCGUCCAGACUUCGUGGCUGUGGAGCAGCGCAUGCGUGGCUACUACUACAGCUUGGCAAGCAAGGCUGAAGGGCCCAGUGGUUGUGGGGCUGAGGCUUGUGCCUGA